AAUUUUGACAUCCUCUUGAUCAACCACCUUCAACUAACCCUCGGCAGGAAAUUUUCUGACCUCAAGCCGCCAAAAUGGGUGCCCUCAAGUAUGUCGAAGAGCUCCAGAAGAAGAAGCAGUCCGACCUGGUCCGCUUCCUUCUCCGCGUGCGCUGCUGGGAAUACCGUCAAUUGAACGUUAUCCACCGCGCCUCCCGCCCUUCGCGCCCCGACAAGGCCCGCCGUCUCGGCUACAAGGCCAAGCAGGGCUACGUUAUCUACCGCGUGCGUGUCCGCCGUGGUGGCCGCAAGCGCCCUGCCCCCAAGGGUGCCACCUAUGGCAAGCCCACCAACCAGGGUAUCAACCAGCUCAAGUACCAGCGCUCCCUCAAGGCCACCGCCGAGGAGCGUGUCGGCCGCCGCUGCGCCAACUUGCGCGUCCUCAACUCGUACUGGGUCAACCAAGACUCCACCUACAAGUACUACGAGGUCAUCCUGGUCGACCCCAGCCACAAGGCCAUCCGCAUCGACCCCCGCAUCAACUGGAUCGUCAACCCCGUCCACAAGCACCGCGAGGCCCGCGGCCUCACUGCUACCGGCAAGCGCUCCCGUGGUCUCAACAAGGGCCACCGCUACAACAAGACCACUGCCGGCCGCAGAAAGACCUGGAAGAGACACAACACCCUGUCCCUGUGGCGCUACAGGUAAACGCUCUCUGCUGGAAAGCGGAAGCGUUGACGGCAGCAGCCGCCGAGGAGGCGUCGUGGCGGUGUUCCUGGAUGUCCUUCUGGGGGUGUUUCGCGCGAGUCCUUUGGUGUCUUCUUUAUUUGCAGCAUUCACUUCUCGUUCGGAGCUUUGCUCGCAGAAAAGGAUCGGCGUGUCUUGAAGACGGAAAGGGGGAGGGGAGUGUGAUGAAGAAAAAAAAAAGGCCCAAGAGAUGCUUCUUUGGUAGUUUUUAAAAUGGAAAUGGCAUGACACUUUCCGAUAAUAACUCGGAACUGCGAUGAUAUCUCUUUAUUUUCUUUUUCCUUAUGUAGAAAACAAUUGUGACACUUGAGCGUUC